UUUUAUUAUGAUAUGCUGUGAUAUGCGCUAUGUGCUCGGGUCAUUUGCUUCGCAACAGAGGCGGGGCGCCGAUGCUGUUUGUUCCAGAGCGCUCAAGUCAAUAAAGUUUUUUCGAAUAGUUCGGUUACUGUAGUGGACAAAUGGGGAGCAUCACAGAUGAUGAGGUUAUUCGUAAGCGUCUUCUCAUUGAUGGAGAUGGAGCUGGAGAUGAUAGACGCAUUAAUGUGCUCAUGAAGAGCUUCACCAAGUGGUGCCAUUCCAAUUUCUCACCAGAAGAAGGAUUGGCCCAGUAUCAAAGAAUGUUGGGGUCUUUGGCUCAAUGCGAAUUCUCCAUGGGAAAGACAUUGCUUGUGUACGACAUGAACCUGAAAGAAAUGGAGAAUUAUGAAGCAAUCUAUGCGGAUAUCGAGAAUAGUAUAACAUCAGCCCAUGAAAAAAUUGCAGAGUGUAAAAAAGAAAUCCUGAGAGCUAAAAGGAUAAGAAAAAACCGGCAAGAGUAUGAUGCUUUGGCCAGGGUCAUCAAGCAACAUCCAGACAGACAUGAGACUUUAAAACAGCUUGAGGCUUUGGACAAAGAGCUUCAACAGCUUUCACAGAUCAAAGAGAAUGCAGAGGACAAGUUGGAACUUCGUAAGAAACAGUUUCACGUCCUUCUCACCACCAUUCAGGAACUUCAGCAGACUUUGGAGAACGAUGAGAAGAUGGAAAGUGAUGAUGCCCAAGAUAGUCCAAUGGAAAAUGGAGACUAGGCAUUUGGAUUUUUUUGGAAGAUUUUUUUGCUCAUUGUCGUCUUUUUCAUGAACUUUAUUUGAUGUUGAUUUUUAUUUUGUACAGUUUUAUAAAUGGCAUGUCUGAAUUAAACCGUUAUGAACACCACCCAAACUAUCACAUGUUUCUAUGCAGUUGUUUUUUAAGUAUUUAAUGCAAUAAAAAAAGUUGCAAGGCACUCUCCCAAGUGCUUGUGCUGCAAUAGAAACACACUGAACACCCCGAGCAGAGUGAAUAAAACUGCACAAAUGUU